AUGCCGCGCGCAAAUGCAACCUUUACUCUGUUCAACUCCGACUCACUCCUAACAGCGACGAAGUUAGCAAAAGUGAGUUUCGUUUGGACGCCGUCUACCACCACGACGAUUUCGCCUAACACGACAACCGAACCUCCUGCCACUUCGUCGACAACUCCAACCGCAAGCAGUAGUAGUACGCCGAAACCAGAGGUUUCAACGACUACGUCGACAACGACAUCAAGCCCGCCACCGGGGACCACUUCGGUGAAACCGCCUACCACUGAGAAGGAGACUCUACCGACAACGACGACGAGUGUAUCGAUUUCCAUAGAAGCAACAAUGAACACAACAGUGGAAGUGACAGACUCGACCGUAACCACACCUGACGAGACUACUUACACAGUUGUUGGCAAAAGAGUAGGGACAGAUGGCACAACUCCAGACGCAUCAGUUCAAAUCCAACUCACUACUCAUAAUGGUCAGCAACCCCAGACCGUGGAAUGGGUUGACGUAUCGCCGGCUUCGAACAUAACGAAAUCCACAGUUGAAACACCAACCUACAGUGACAGCUUGAAUGCAGCUUUCAUGGAGAAAACACCAACUGCUAGGCCAAAUAAGUAUCGCGGACGGAGGGCUGAUCCACCAACCAUGGUGGUUGACAGCCCUAACUCAAGUACGCCUGAGAACUCCGGUUUGGUCAACAGCUUUGCCCCCAGCUCCGGCCAAUUAACUAUUUCGGCACCCGAAGCUGCUCAAACGAAUGAUGCGAACACAACCAGUUUCCACUCGGAAGAAAACGUUACUUCAGCAUCAAAUGCUACUUGGACGACGAUGCCGGAUACGGGAAUCGGGAAGAACAUCUCCUCGGCAGUUACACCUGCGUUAACGGCGGAACAGCCGUCUACGGUGACGGCGGCCCUAGGAAUAACAUCAAGUAACUCAACAUACUGA